GCUUGUGAAUGGCAAACAGAAAGAAGAAGAACUCGAUACAUUCCCGCCAAAAUACCUUUAAGCAGAAAGUUGUUUAUUAAAAUUAUUAUUUACGCGCACUGUCUAAAUGGACACUGAACUCAAACAACAAUUCGAUGAAAUGGGCGUGGAGCCCAGCGUUGCCGUGUUGGACAAAUGUGUGGAAUUGUCGCUGUCCUACAGCAUUCACGACGCCACCGAAUUUGUGGAGCAAUGGAUGGCUUUCAGUUUGUCCCAUCUGCAUGGGGAUGAUCCCACGCCCGAGAAUCUGGGUGAAUUCGAGCGCAAGGUGUUGCAAGUGAGGCGUGAGAAAGGCGGCGCUAAGAAGUCAACGCAACAACACAACAUCAAAUCACAAACUGCCGCAAUGGAGACGAGUUCCUUGGCAUCAUACGGUCUGCUGGAAGAUGAACCCAUGAUGGAUGACUACGUCAGUGAAUCCGCUGCGACGCAGCCUCACACACCCAAGGCGCACAAUCAACACCCACGUUCCUCUGCCCUGAAGAGUGGCGUCCUCUUCAGCCCCGCCAGCUACACACAUCAAUCGGCCAAGAGGACUCCAGCCACACCAAUAGCAACUUCGAUGGGAAAACCUGGUGAUAUUGUAGAUACAUUUGGUCACCCACGGCUAUUGGCUGCGUGCACGUGGCACUCUCAGCUGGAGCAAUCCUUGCCUGUCGUUCAGAAACUACUCCACAAUGAUGCACCUUUAACCAUGUCCAAUCUGAGAUAUAUGAACGAUUUGCUCUAUGAGAGAUGCGAUGAUUUGCACGAUCGUCUCGUGGAUAUUGGCCAGGCGCUGGUCGAUAAGAAACUGGGCGCCAAGGGAGCUGCGGAGUGCAGCUGGUAUCCACAGGACCGACACACGCUGGACGCGCUGCAUGUACUCCAUGCCGUGGGCAUGAUACACUCCGAUGACGAUGGCCCACUGGAUGCCCACUCAGCGCUGCUGGCCGUACUCAAUACGGAUGAGAAGUUUCUGUCGUUGAAUUUCUCACAAAUCAAGUCCGCCAGCAUUUUUCCGGGACAAGUUGUGCUGGCCAAGGGAUUCAUUCCACGGGGCGAUACCUUUGUCGUCGAGGAGAUUUACACGGAUCGCAAAUUGACAUUGCCACCGCCACUCAAAUUGGAUCGAGAUGUGCAGUUUGUUGUCGCCGCCGGACCGUAUACCCACAUCACAGAUCUCUUCUACGAUCCGCUGCAUGAUCUGCUAAAAUACCUCAAGGAACAUCGACCCGAUGUGCUGCUCCUAACCGGUCCCUUUGUGGAUGCCGAACACAAGCUUGUCGGCGAGUUGGCCGAGACUUUUGAUUCCUUCUUCGAGAAAAUGGUGACGGGCAUCAUGGAGGUGGUGGGCAGCAGCACCACGGUGCUAAUGGUUAGCUGUCAAAAGGACGCGAUGACUCCAGCUGUUUAUCCCACGCCAUCGCUGCCGCUGCGCAAAACAUAUCCCAAUUUGCAUAUGCUGCCCGAUCCGUCGCUUGUGGAUUUGGAUGGGUUGACGCUGGGCGUCAGUUCAACGGAUGUGCUGGACCAUCUGCUGAGCUACGAGUUUGCCACCAAUGCGGGCGAGCGAAUGCAUCGCGCCAUCAAUCAUCUGUUCAAUCAGGGCUCCUUCUACCCGUUGUGCCCGCCAGCAGAUGAGAACAUGUCCUACGACUCCCAGUUGGCCCAGAAAUAUGCGCAGCUCAAACAGCUGCCCAAUAUCCUCAUUCUGCCCAGCGAUCAGCGGCAUUUUAUACGCCUGGUCAACGAUUGUCUGGUCAUCAAUCCGGGUCGACUGUCAGACAACAAAGGCGGCACCUUUGCCCGUUUCCUGGUCACGCCCACUGCACCCACUGCGACUGCAGCGAAGGCAAAUAUGUUUAGCAGCGUCGCCUGUCAGAUACAACGCAUUUAAUUACAAUAAACUAAACUUAAAAGAAAUUAUUGCUUAUAUCUAUUAUUGAUCUAAGUUUUGAAGCAUCUUGAAACUUGGCUUCGGAUCUGUUUUUUUCUUGCAGGGAUUAGUCAGAUAAAAAUGUAUAUAUUACGAGCUUAAUAUGAUAUUUCUAAAAUCUAUUCUAAAGAGCUUAUCAACUGGCAAAUAUGGUUAACUAUAUAUAAUUCAUUUAUAUAAAUGAUCGGUC